AUGUCUUCUGAGAUGAAAGAUGUGUUGCGGCUUUUGCCUCCAAAGCCAUAUACAGACAUUCUGGUCGAGAGAUAUUUGGAAACUACAAACUACGGCUACUAUUGCCUGUACCCACCCACUUUCUCACAUGACUACGCAGCUUGGUGGUCUGACCGAGCAAAGGGCAGGCCGCCGACACCAGAGUUCACCUGUCUUCUUAUUCGGAUCUGCGCAUGUGCAGCGCAAUAUCUCGAUCCUGAAGUUCAACAAAAGCUCGAAUCAGAGCUGGGCGAAUCUGCCCAGAGCCUUUCAGAGAGCUACCACCACGCUGCUGAGAGAUUAAGCAACACGAUACCUCCUGGGAAAGGAGGACUGGCUCAGAUUCAGCAACUCUUUCUUACCUCGGCUUGGUUUAAGUCGGAGUCAUUGUUUGUCGAAUCACGGCAUGCUUUGGGUUCCUCUAUUCAUGAGGCCCAGGAAUUGGGUAUGCACAAGAGCGCUCCGCGGGCGGGUUUAUCCGAGUCCGACAUCGAAAUGAGGCGACGGAUGUGGUGUCUUUUAUAUGUUUGGGAUUGGCAAAUGUCUCUGCUACUUUCUCGCCCGUUCAUUAUCAAUGCAAUUUACUAUCCUUUCGAGCUUCCCAACAUGCAGCUUGAAUGCGUCGACUCUGAGGCAGGGCCACCUUCACCCAUCUCCCAUAUUUCUUACCAAUGUGAACUCGGCAAGAUCAUCUCGCGAGUCCCGGGUACAAUGGGUGGCACAAUUGAUGUUACUCAGGCCUACCCCAUCAAAUCCGAUAUAGAUCAGUGGCUCACCUCUCUUCCCCCAGCCUACCGAGAAACAAACCCCGAUACCCAGUGGGACGAACAAUACGUCUACGUGCCCCUCCAGCGUCGCCAAUUGCAUACCAUAGGGUACAUGACGAUGCUUUUACCAUUCAAAUCCUUUCUCACCAAGACAUUCGACGUUCAGAGUUCAGAUGCGGACAGGGCAUCCCGAGGGACUGCGGUCGAUAUUGCCGCACACCUGAUGGAAGUCUCACAUAGACUGUUCAAUCAUGUCUAUCCCCUUAAUGCCAAGUUUCACCUCGUCACGUUCGUGAUAUUCGACACUGCUGCCUUCUUGUGCUCUGCCGUGAUCCAUGACAGAGACCACAGUCUCCCACAGCAGAAACUUGUCUUUCAAACAAUUAGCCUCGCUUGUUCUCUGAUGCAGAGACUUGGACAGAUUACCAAAACCGGCGCAGUUUGCUAUCCCGUCCUCGUUCGACUCGCCAAUAGCCUAUCCACAUCGUCUAGGAGAACUGCCUCUUUUGCGGGGAUAGAGGACGAAACUUCUAUUCGGGGAAACGAUAGCUUUGGUCCGUCACCAGAUUUGGAUGCAUCUGCGGUAUCAGACUCUAUCUCUCCCGGAUCGCUAUCAUCAUUUUUAGAUUCUAUGGCGCCGGGUGCGAUAUUCUGGCCCGCUUCUUUGGAUCUCUCCGUACCCGGCAUGGAAACCCCUCCUAUUACGGGCCUGAGCGACUUCUCAGAUUUGGAUGUUGGCCAAUUCGAUCGGAUAUGGGAUUGGCAAAAUCUGGAUUUGACGUUAUUGCCUAAUCUUCCCGCAUGA